AUGGGAAAGCGGAGGAGGAAUUGGAGGGAAAGAGAAAGCUCUGUACGACUUAAACGAGAGUGGAGAAAAGAAGAUGAGGAGGAGAUCAUCAAACGAGUGACUGUGAAGCGGGAGAUUGGGAAAGACAGCGAAGGAAAAGAGAAGAAAGAGAGAAAGAGUAUCGAGAAGAGUUUAGAAACAGAAAACAAGAAGCGGAGGAAAAAUAAUAGACACAGACAGCAGCCGCCCGAACAAGGGGAUUGGGUGUGGGGAGUAAAACUUAAAAUGUCAGGGAGGCUACGGGAUACAAAGUUGGUAAAGCCUAAAAAGGUGCCUAAAACGAAGCCUGAAAGACUUUGGCUACCUUCUUCCCAACCGUUCCAAACUCCAAAUAAAAGUCUCGAAAAUUUAAAAUUCCAGGCUGUGCCCGAGGUUUGUAAAGCGGAGCAAAUAAAGAUGAAUGAUACAUCGGCGUCUAGGAUGAGGCGGAGGGGCAAGGGACACUCGGCGAAAGGAUGCAGGAGAGGGAUUUCGAAGCGACCUCCAUAG